UACGAAUCUCUCUUUCUUCCGAUCUCUGUAUUUAUACCCUAGUCUUAUUCUCUUGAGAUCAGGCAAGUAAAAUCGUCAAGAAAAUAAUACCCAGAAUUAUAAUCUCUAAGUUUCAAUUCAUCUUUAGCAACGGUAUUCCCUCUGUCCCCUUUCAUUUUCUGUUAUUAUCAUUUCCUCACCACCUCUAAUGUUGCCCAGAAACUCUGCAAAUUUCUGGAACACUCUAUUUCUUUAAGCAAACCAAUGUGAAUUAUCCCACACUUUUAAACGCCACAACACAAUAAACCCUACCACCCCACUAAUCUAAAUGGAAUUACAAUUCUCAGCUUCAUUCUCCUCUCCCAAAAUAAUGAUCUCUAUGUCUCUAUUUAUUCUCAUAUUCUUUCUCUAUACUCUCUUCUGGCUUUUAAAUCUUACAUCAUUAUUCACGUCUCAACGUCGUAAAAACAACCUCCAGCCACUCCCAGUAGCCCGCGGCGCCUGGCCGGUGAUCGGCCACCUUCAUCUCCUAAGCUCGUCUGAACCAGGCCACAAAACCUUGGGCAAAAUGGCAGAUUCCAAUGGACCAAUUUUCACAUUGAAAUUGGGUAUCCAUAGAGCAAUAGUCGUGAGCAAUUGGGAAAUUGCACAAGAGUGUUUAACUACAAACGACAUAAUAUUUGCAUCACGCCCUAAACUUACUUCCGCAAAGCUACUAGGCUAUAAUAAUUCAAUGUUUGGCCUUGCGCAAUACGGCCCUUUCUGGCGUCACAUGCGCAAAGUAGUCUCUCUUGAACUCCUCUCCACUCAUCGUCUCCAACAAUUUCAACCCAUCAGAAUAUCUGAAAUCCAGAGUUCCAUCAACAAGCUAUACCAGUUAUGUACCAAAGAGAAACCGUUGGUGGAGAUGAAGGCGUGGUUCGAAGACAUAACACUCAAUAUCAUGUUCAAAAUCAUCUUCGGAAAGCGAUUCACCGACGAUUUAAAAGGAGAUCAAGAUCAUCGAAAGACGUUCAGGAAUUUAAUGGAGUUAUUUGGAGUGUUUGUACCAUCUGAUUCGUUACCGUUUUUGAGUUGGUUGGAUUUGGGAGGAUAUGAAAAGGCUAUGAAAACGACAUCAAAAGUCUUAGACGAGGUGUUUGAUAAAUGGCUUGAAGAACAUCGUCAAAGGAAAAUUGAAAACAAUGAUAAUGGUGCAGAGGACUUCAUGGAUGUGAUGCUUUCUAUCAUUAAAGAUGAUGAUGAACAACUUUCUGGCUAUGUUGGCGAUUCAGUCAUAAAGGCUAAUUGUUUGGCUAUGAUAUUGGCUGGAUCUGAUACUACUACAACAACAAUGACAUGGACUCUUUCUUUACUUCUAAACAAUCAAGAAACACUUAAAAAAGCUCAGAUUGAGUUGGAAGAACAAGUUGGGAGACAAAAACAGGUGACAGAAUCCGAUGUCAAAAAUUUAAUAUAUCUCCAAGCUAUUGUGAAGGAAUCUUUACGUCUUUAUCCUGCUUUACCAAUCUCAAUCCCUCAUGAAUCUACUGAAGAUUGUUCUAUUUUUGGCUACCAUAUCCCCUCAAGAACACGCCUAAUAGUAAAUAUUCAAAAGCUCCAAAGAGAUCCUCUUGUUUGGGAGGAACCUAAUGAAUUUCGGCCAGAAAGAUUUCUAACAACUCAUAAAGACUUCGAUGUUAGAGGUCAAAAUCCUCAAUUGAUUCCAUUUGGAAAUGGUCGAAGGAUGUGUCCUGGUACAUCUUUUGCCUUCCAAAUUAUUCAUCUUACGCUUGCAAAUCUACUUCAUGGAUUUGAAAUUGAUAGACCAUCAAAGGAUUUACUUGAUAUGGAAGAGAGUGUUGGACUGACCAGUACUAAGAAAUCUCCACUCGAGGUUGUUUUAACUCCACGGUUGCCUGCUCUAGGUUCCCAUUGAUUUGGCCAAGUGACGGAAAAGAAACUAUAAAUGUAACUUCACUAUUGUAUAUAUAGACAUGUGGUUUUGAUAAUAAUAAAACAUCCUAUUCUAUCA